GGGGAUCUCAAUGACACACAAGCCAAUGACACGUUGACGGUAUGUUGCCGAACGCGGUUCCACAGAGUCGGUGGAGGUUAUCCGGGAGGAAGACGUACAAGUGGGUAUCCGCUCCUGCGCAUGCGAUAGAAGAGAGAGAUCGGAGGGUGCAGAGAGCGCGACAGACAGGCAGGGAAAAAAUCCUUCCCAGCAUUUCCGUUUGUAGCCAUGCAGCCCCCGCUCACCACACGAGUGCAGUGAUUCAGGCGAGGCAAGCUGAAGACCCGAAAGAUGAAAUGAGGGAUGUGAUCGUGUGUAGCCAUGUCUUCGCUCUCCCCUCGUCACUCCACAGAGCAUGCGUUGCGAACGCAAAGCCCCACGAGUCAGUGCCAGAAAGAACUUCUGGAUGACAGGCAUGGCAGGGCACCCAAAUGUGUCUUACCCCAACGCGGUAUACCUAGCCACGGGACAUGUGCAGAACAACCCGCUAUGGUGACCAGAGUGCUGCGUCCAGUGGUCCAGUCCUGACGAGCGACCUCGGGCCAGAGGUUCUUACCGGCUUUUGACUCAUGGGACCGGACACCUCGCCCAUCUGCGCACCGAAGUGGCACAAGAUGACUGGAAACUUCUUCCCUUGCCGGUCAGCCCUUGCCACCCAGUAGAAUACCAAGAGCCCAGAGGACGCAACUUUUCAGCGGCGCCAUAGACCCCGAAGGCAAACACACGAUGACGCAGACGUAGAAGGCGAAGGGUAGAUUUGACUGCCGAAGCGCGCAAGACUUGG